AUGGCGGCAACGGUUCGACACGCCCGGCGCGAGGACGUGCCCACGAUCCUGGGCUUCAUCCAGGCCCUCGCCGACUACGAAAAGGAGCCCGACGCCGUCCUGGCCACCGUCGAGACGCUCGAAAACACAAUCGCCUUUGCGCCCGCCGGCGUCGUCAGCCCGCACGACUCCCUGCCCGUGACGGAGCCCAUCUCCGCGACCCGCCCCGCGCGCUGCCUCCUCGCCCUCGACGCCCAGGGCAAGCCCGCCGGCAUGGCCCUCUACUUUUACAACUACAGCACCUGGCGCUCCAAGGCCGGCAUCUACCUCGAGGACCUCUUCGUCGACCCCUCGCAGCGCGGUAAAGGCUUCGGCAAGCUGCUGCUGGCGUCGCUGGCCAAGGAGGUCGUCGCCAUGGACGGCGGGCGCCUGGACUGGUCGGUCCUCAAGUGGAACGAGCCGAGCAUCAAGUUCUAUGAGCUCAUUGGGGCCACGGCGAUGAACGAGUGGGUGGGCAUGCGCGUGGACGGACCUGCGCUGGACAAGCUUGCCCAUCUGGCCGAUUAG